GUUCUUCUGAGGAAAGACGAGUUUAUAAAAAGGCCUUGGCCAAGAUAUUUGGAUCAAACAUCACAGAAGGACACACAGAAUCUCCAGAUGAAAGAUCUUCAGAGACAAUUAGAAACCCUGGGAUCUCUGGGAAAUUCAAGCUGACCGAACCUCCAGUGUUUGGCAAAGACAUUACCCUGAUCUUAAUUCUCAAUAACUUAUCUAUUGACCAGAAGACCGUGAAGGUCGACGUGAGUGCGUCAACCAUCCUGUACACAAGGAGAGCAGUGUCAGAGAUCCUGAAGGCAACCACUUCUGUGGAUCUUGGUUCUAAACAAGGGAAACAUAUCCAGAUAAAGAUCCCUUAUUCUUAUUAUGGAAAAUAUCUGACUACUGACAAAAGGAUCCAAGUUACUGCUUUAUGUGAAGUCAUGCACAUGCAUGGGGCAAAGUUGCUGGUGGAGAAGACAAUCAUUUUAGAGGACACAAACAUUAUAAUUAAGAUUCCUCGGCGGGUUGUAGUGAACAAAGCUGCUACUCUAGAGAUUUCAUACGCCAAUCCCCUCCCUGAACCUGUGAACCGCUGUAUACUGCUAGUGACUUUGAUGAAUCAACAGGUCAAGAUACAUCUGGCACCACUGGCACCAAGGGAGAGAUCAAAAAUUUAUUUUGAAUUCACACCUCGCAGGACUGGGCCCUUACAGCUGCAAGUAGACUUCUCUUGUGACAAAUUUUCACACGUUAAGGGAUUUGUGACCAUUGCAGUGGCACCUGCAUAA